UCCGGUUCCGCUAAACCCGUCCUCCUCACGGAGUGUGUUGUUGUCCCUCACUGCUACCCGUCUCACCCCCACAUACACACGCAGAGUGUCAGAAAUGGCAGAAGCUCCAACACGGCCCUGCCGGUUUUUUUGCCACCGGUGUACAUUAGAGAUCAGUCCGCGUCUACCGGACUACACCUGUCCACGUUGUGAUUCUGGUUUUAUUGAGGAACUUCUAGAGGAUAGAAGCGUCGAAAAUGGGUCCACAUCCACCACUUCUACCAGCGAUCCAAACAGACCAAUGUUGGAGAACAUGGACCACCACCACCAGCACCUAUUCACAUUUCCCCCAGGCUAUGGUCAGUUUGCCCUGGGAAUAUUUGAUGAUAACUUUGAUCUUCGAGCAGGCCUGCCUACAGAGGACAACAGGGAAACCGAGCACUGGAGGGAAAGGGAGAUGGCUUCACGACAACGGUAUAGUGCCCGACAACCACGGGGUCGUCACGUGCCCCGACGGCAGGGGACGCGCCAUGAAGGAGUGCCUACUCUAGAGGGAAUUAUUCAGCAGCUAGUAAACGGAAUCAUUGCACCCACGGCAAUGACAAACAUUGGAGUGGGACCAUGGGGAAUGCUGCAUUCCAAUCCAAUGGACUACGCCUGGGGUGCUAACGGGCUUGAUGCUAUUAUUACACAGUUAUUGAACCAGUUUGAAAACACUGGUCCCCCUCCCGCUGAUAGAGAGAGGAUCAAGAGUUUACCCACCGUCAGGGUCACGGCGGAGCAUGUGGGUGCGGGUUUAGAAUGUCCAGUAUGCAAAGAAGACUACAGUGUCGGGGAGAACGUUAGGCAGCUUCCAUGCAAUCAUUUAUUCCAUAAUGACUGUAUAAUACCAUGGCUAGAACAGCACGACACGUGUCCUGUAUGCAGAAAGAGUCUCAGUGGACAGAACACGGCCACAGACCCCCCAGGUUUAUCAGGGAUGAACUUCUCCCCUUCCUCCUCCUCCUCCUCCUCCAGCUCGCCCAACAACGAGAACGCCAGCAGCCACUCGUAGGACCUCGCACCACUCUACCUCCAAGUUGCGGCCCUCACCACCCACCCCAGACGGUGCUAUGGACGCAGGAACCAUCCACUCUUCUCGGCUGAGGUUCCUCAGACAGUUUGUUGUCGCUCCGUGAUGGUUUGAGCUGAGGGGGGCGGGGCUGAAAGGACGGCCAUAACCCCAUUUGGACUUUUCUUUCAUGACUGCAUCCAUCUUUUUUUACUUUCCCUCCUCUGAGAAGUUUACUGAGAUUGGUCGUUGAAGCAGUGUCCGUGCCAUGUGCACUUCCUGCUACUGUUGCUAAAGAGUUUGGGGAAGAGGUGGGGCUGGGACUCUGGGGAGGCAGAUCCACCUACACCAUCACCUACUGUGAAUGAAGAUGAUGAUGAUGAUGAUGAUGAUGACGAUGAUUUUGGAGGUUUGCUGGAACAUUGAUGGGACAUUCUAUAAUUAAUAAAAUGUUGCUAUUCUGUUAAUGCAUUUUGAAGAUGUGUAAAUACAUAUUCCUUUUUUAGAUCGUAAAUGGUCCAGAAUUGUAUCCUACCAAAUCUCAUGUGAAACAAUAAUGGAGUGAGUUGACUGUAUUUAAUUUAUUUGCACCUUUUUUCUAAUUUUGAACAACAUUUUAAUGCAUUUCAAAGACAGUGGCUAUUAACUGAACAAAACUAGUUCUGCUAGGAUUUUUUAAAAAUGCUUUUUUCACAUUAUUUUAUUCAGUAGGAAUAUUGUUUUAGAGUACCUUGACAGGGUAAAUAACCCAAAGCCUCUUCACAAACAACAGGAUCUCCAGUAAGCAGUCUUAAGGGAGCAAAGGGCCAGACAGGAACAGGCCAUGUGUGUAUCCCAUACCGUGUAUUUUAUUUGAUAUAACAUCCAAUUGCAACUCAAAAACAAUUUCAACUUGUUUUGUAAAUGAACAAUAAAAAAGUACAAACAAUAAUUAUGAGAUUGACUGAUGGCAAUGCAUGCCUACAUAUUUAGUUAUUGCAUGGUUAAGAGGGU